GACAAGAAAAAACGAAUAGAACGUUUUCCAAAUGUCACUGAAUCAACCGGACACAGAAUUUUAGCCUUGUGAUCGUGAAUGGGUUUUGUAAUCUUGACGUCUUUAUAUCUGUAUUCCUUUAUAUAAUUUACAUAUUGCAAUUUCGAAGCCUUCCCGUACACUCAUGUGUCUCAGUUAUGCAAAACUAAAAGAUUGCUUGCUGUAGAUUUACAUUUUUAGGACACUACAAUGGCUGAUGGAGGAGACUCAGACAAUAAUGAGAGGCCCAAUUCUGGAUUGCCUCGUCCUCAGAGUGUGGGUAAUCAGUGGACUGGUUCCUCAGCCUUACAAAGGGCAGCCCUCGAUGAUCAGGUCAUGGCCUCGCCAUCAUCAGCUGGUGCACCUCGCUCAUCAUUCUCUUUAAUUUCAUCUCCAUUUGCACGUGGUGUUCGGGAGGCUGAUCCUAGCUCAUCUCACUUCAUUUCUCCGAGCAAAGAAGGGGAAAUACCCAUGGAAUGUUCUCCAAUGAGUGUGAAAAAGUCCAGCUCUGCAACGGUAGAUACCGGUGCGAGUCCUGUUUUACCUACCACACCUUUGUCAUCCAAGGCUUCGGAAAGUCAGGGGCCAAGUGUUGAGGCACAUUCUCCGGAGCCACAAAAAUCCGGCACGCAUUUGUUGUUCUCCUCUGAUGACAGUGACGAGGGCUACAGCUUGAAGCCUGCAGACAUCUUUGCUGGGAGUCCAGACUCGCCAGACACCAGCCCGGUGUUGAAGACUAUAAAUCUGAACAGUUUUGACACAGAGGAUGAUGGAAAUGACCCUGGGGAUUUUUUGAGCAGACAGACCGAUCAAAGUUUCAGAAGAUGUCGAUCUCAGGAGAUCCGCAAAAAUUAUAACGACUUGUCCAACACACCGCCCAAUUCUUUCUCCAGUAGUGGUAGCAGGAGGAGUUUGUUCAAAAGACCUUUGGACGUGCCAGUUAAAGAGAAAAGUUUCUCAAAACGACUCAAAGAUGGCGCUAAGUUCAUAUCAGAGGUACCAGAAACGGAAGCAGAAGCUGGUGAUAAUGGUGCAACAGCAACGGCAACGGCAUCUCCCUGCAAAGAGGUCUCAGAUACUGAUCAUGAGCGUAUUCAGUCUGCUGUUGAUUCACUACAGUCCGGAGAGCUGAUAGCAGAUGGAUCAAGGAAUUACUGUCUGCCAGUCACCACAGGAAAGCACCAUGACUUACAGAAUAUUAAUCAUGAGACCAUGGCCUGUGUGCUGGAAAACCGUUAUCGGGGUGCUUAUGACAAGCUAACCAUCAUUGACUGCAGAUAUCCAUAUGAAUAUAAAGGGGGGCAUAUCAAGGGUGCGAUAAAUAUCUAUACUGAAAAGGAGAUACGAGAUUUCCUCCAGCGUGAAGUUGAGGAAUUUAAAAAAGCAUCUCGUGUGCACAUCCUUGUGUUUCACUGUGAAUUUUCUAGCCAACGAGGUCCUUGCUUGCUGCGACACUUGCGACAAAAUGAUCGUCAGUUGAACAGGAAUUACUACCCAAAGCUGGUCUUUCCAGAGAUCUACUGUCUGUUUGGAGGUUACAAGGAGUUCUUCACACAUCAUCCAGAGCUGUGUGAACCUUCGGGAUACAUUCAGAUGGAUGAUGAGAACUACGUGGCUGCAUACCUACAUUUCAAAGCCAGGGCCAAGUCUUGGACAGCAGAUGGAGGCAAAUAACACUCUUGUCUUUGGUCCUAUUCUGUCCUUUAUUUGGAUAGCUUGGUAGGAAGUAGGCCAGUCAAAUUCUUCCGCGAGUUUUUUUUUUUUUUAGAUAUUAAGAAUAAAGCAAUGGAUUUUACAAUGAUGAUUUUAAUAUACAAUGGCGAGGACGCUGAUGGUACUUUGCUGAAGACUGCGAGGGUUUAAUUUUCAAGGGUGGCUGGUUUGACUUUUUAAAUGUCGAAGUUUUUGCUAUUGUGAUAUAUCAAUCAAUGUUUUAUAUUUAUAGAAUCUUGAAAUGUAUUACAAGCACUAUAGAAAUACCUCCGUGAUGCAAGUUUGAAUUAUCAGCUUGGUGGGUAACAUUUUGCUUCACUCUUUGUUGGGCUUUCACAAAAGUUCACGUUUUCAUUGGGCAAUUCACAUCCAAUUUUUUUAGGUACUUUAUAUUCAUAUAUCCUCAAUCUAAAUGUAAAGACUUUAUUUGUAUGGAAACGUGUUCUUGGCUAUGGAGUUUUGAAUAAAUAUAUACGCAUACUGCUUGCAUCUACUUUAAACUAACAGGCUCAUGAAUGGCGUGGAGGUUGCUUGCUAUGUCGUUGCUGAUUUAGAUUUCCUUAAACGUUUAGGCAUGAGUUUAUCUUAACAUACACAUGUACUGCUGUGACUAGUUUUGUAUAGUAUACUGAUAUUUUGCAGCAUUGAGCUAUUUAGUGUGUAUUUUAUGCGCAGAAAAUGAAUAUAUUGAUCAUCAUGAUUUUUCAAACUGAUAUACGUAUACAGAGCUCUAUAAUUAUUCCAUAGUAAAGCACUUAUAUUUACAAAUUGAACUGAUGUUUUAAUGUGUUCUCACAGUAAUGAACUUUGGCAAUUUAUGCAUUUUUUACAUGUAACAUAAUUACAGUGAGUGAUAUGGAAUGGAUAUGCCUUCUGUGUUUUCUAAUCUGGAAAAAAGUAAUUGUUUUUUUGGGGAGGGGUUUUGCAUCACACUACCACAAGGUCUGGACUCUUCAAAGGUUUGCCUGCAGUUCCACUGACCAUUAUUUAAUAUUCCAUCGACGUUAGUGAGUGACACUUUUCUUUUUUGAUUUUUCUAAUCCAUUCUUGAGGAAAAAUACUUCUGUCUGUUCAUCCUGUCCCAGUUAUAGUGUAAAUCGUUUAUGAAUAGGACAUACAGACAUACACCCAAGCUCAUUUAAAUGUUUUUAUUGUUUUAAAGUCAGGUAAUGGAGGAGGUUUAAAAAAAAAUUAUUUUAGUAAAUCUAUAUGAAAUUGUCUUUUUUCAAAUGAAAAAAGAAUUUAGUUGUGAUGAUUUCUUGUACACAGUUAUGAAACCAUCAAAAAGAACUUUUCUCAGAAAUUUUUAUAUUAUUGUGUUGCCUAUUGUACAUUACUGUUUGUGAAUUUUUAUUCUUGUGCAAUGUGUUAAAUAUCUUUUGCUUUUAGCUGUGGCUCAUUAAUUCUCCUACUGACGUUUUGAUGCUUUCCCAGUAACCUCUGUGGUACUCGUUGUCUUCUGGUAUGUCCUUGACCCGUGGGAAAUAAACUAGUGAAAAGAAGUAGAAGAUACA